UUUCGCUGGCGCGAUUUCCUCGUUUUUCAUAGUGCUCAAGAGUCCAUUAAUCAUCGACCCAUCCGUCGUGCUGGUUCAUUUCUUCCUUGUUCGACUCGAAGGGCUUCCCUCGCUCACCGCCGACGAUCAUACCGAUCGAUCCCGGCGGUUUGCGAUUGAGCGAUACAUGGAUUUCAAGGAGGUUUUUGCAUCUUUGCAAGAAAUUUUUCCACAGGUUGAUUUGCGAAUAUUGAAAGCUGUUGCUAUUGAGCAUCCUAGUGAUGUUGAUGCUGCAGCUGAAUCUAUUCUUGUAGAAAUUCUACCAUCUAUUGUCUCUUUUCACGAAGCAUCAUCCACUCCACCAGAUGCAAAUGAAGUGGCUCAUGCCUCAACUUCAACUGAAAAACAUAAGCAGCCUAUGUUUUGUGAACAUCAAGAAGAGAAAGAAACUACAAAUCAUCUGUCAGACAAAGAUCCAGUUGUUUGGGAAAAUACAGUUUCGAGUUGUGGUUCAAGCUCUGUUAAUACUGGGUCAUCAUGCGUUGUGGAAACAGGUGCUAGAGAUUCACAGGUUAGCCUUGCAAAUUACUCGAGGGAACUGGAGUAUCCAAUAUCUGAUAUUAAUGCUUUAGAGGAAGUAAAUACAAAUUCCAGCUCUGAAGGAAAUGUUAAAGAGAAUGAACUUGAUCUAAACCAUGGCGGAGUUCUUCCUUCAAAUCCAUUGUUUGAACAGUUUGUGGAUGCUCUUAAUGAUAUAAGCCAGGACGAUAUUGUUCCCAUUGGUAGUUCCAAUCUUGCACAGGAAGAUGAAUGUCCUUCAGGGCAACAUGUCAUACAACCAUCAAUUGAAAAAUCACAUACUGCAUCUGAUGAUAUGCAUGAAAAUUCUCAAGCAUUAUGUGAUAAAAUCGCUAUAUCAUUUAGAUAUGAACAUGUACAAUUGAAAAAAUUGGAUAUCAAUUUGAAUUCUAUUGAUCAACAUCCGCAAUUGGAAUCACUGGAUAUUGAUUUGAAUUCCAUAGCCAAGGAGCAAAUUAUGAGUGGUGGGAGCUACGUUUUAGAUGGUUCCAUGGAACAAUCUGGAUUUCCAGUUCGGCCUCUGAAUACUCUGAACUUCUCUGAAUUGGUAACAUAUGAUUCUGUUUUAGAUUACGAUACCUCAGGUCCAUGUAUUAAAGCUUAUGAAAUAGAGGAUUCUGAGGGUCGUGCUGUCAGUGAGUUUGCCACUGUCACAAGUGCAGUUGAAAAGCCACUCUCUAAGUUUUCUGAUAAGGGUGCCACUGAAUUUAUAUCUUCUGAGAAUGGGUUGCUACCUACUAAUGACAAUCCACCAACACUGCUUACACAAUCAGGUCAUUUUGUUGAUAUUGAAUUGCUUGCGGGUUUGAUUUCUGAUGCUAAAGACAAAAAGGAUAGUCUGUUAUCUUCUGUGGAAUUAACUGGUAAUUUGAUGAGAGAUGUGGAACUUCUUGAGGAGAGGAGCAAGCAUGCUAAAGAGGCAGCCUCUAAUGCUGGCGAAGAUAUUUUUUCGAAGACUGAGGAACUUAAGAUAAGUGUAGUACAUGCAAAGGAAGAAAAUGACAAGCUUGGCGGAAUUAUUUAUGGUGAGAAAGCUAUAUUAGCUACUGAAGCCCAAGAACUCCAGUCCAGACUACUCAGUUUGUCAAAUGAAAGGAAUAAAUCUCUUUCAGUGAUUGAGGAGAUUCAUCAAACCCUCACGGCACGCAUAACUGCUUUGAAUGAGGAAAUCGCAGCAUCUGAACAAGAGAAGCUUGAGAAGGAAGCUGCAGCUCAGAGGGUUCUUAGCGAACAGGAAGUCAUCAUGGCUUCUAUAGUGGAAGAGUCGAAAAAGCUGCAAGAAGAAGUGGAAAAGAACUCCAAGUUUAGGGAAUUUUUGAUGGAUCGUGGCUGCAUGGUCGAUAUACUCCAAGGUGAAAUUGCUAUCAUCUGUGAAGACGUUAUGCUGCUGAAAGAAAGACUCGAUACUGGUUUACCUUUAGGUCGAUCUCUGCGAGGGAUACCUUCCAGCUUGUCUGCUUCUUCAGGCUCAUCACACAGCAGGAGCAAACACUCGUCGUUGGGCGUGCCACUUGAGCUAGAAGGUAGCACAGAGAACCUUUCGAUUCACAACAACAUCGUCGUGACACCUUCAAGCACCGAGCAAGCCAAACUGGUGACUAAACAUCCCCUUCAAAGCAAUUUCCUCGGCCGCGACAUUCACAGCGCAUCUGCCACCGACACUGACGGCUGGGAAUUUUUAAAAGAUGAUAUGUUCUGAAUCUUAUAAGAGUGGAAGAGGCUACAGAUUGAUACGUUGCUUAUGGGUUAAAACAGUUUGAUUUCUUGUCUGAAUGUAGUUCUGUUGGAUCCCAAACUUGCUAUAUUCUGUACAGUGGUAAAUUUUGUGGAGUAGAGAAGCUGUGUAUUUACUUGGAUGAAAAAUGUGAAGGAGAGCGAUAUAAAAAUAUA